AUGCGCAUCGUUCAGGCCAUGAAACUGGAGAAAUUGGAGUACCCCCGCAACGACAUCAUCUACAUCAGGGACAUGGGACAAGGGGCGUUCGGCAGCGUCUUCCAGGCUCGAGCACCGGGCCUCAUCAAAGGCGAGGAAUUCACCGUGGUGGCCGUGAAAAUGCUGAAAGAGGACGUCACCGACGACAUGCAGGACGAUUUCGAGAAGGAGGCUUGUCUGCUGGCCGAAUUCGAUCAUCACAAUAUCGUCCCAACUCUAGCACGACCAAAUUGGCGCAAAAAAUUGGCUUCAUCGGCGACGGCAACAUGGCAAAGGCGAUUUGCAGAUGAAUCAAACGAAAAGGUGCUUCAGAGUUUCGAAGGUAGCAGAAUCGUCAGGAUUAUGCCCAACACAUCGAUGCUCAUCGGAGAAGGGUGUUCCGUGUACUGUCCGGGUAGCAAAGCCACAAAAGAAGAUUUAGAUCUCGUCGAAACCAUUCUACAAUCCACCGGAAUGUGCCAACUGCUACCCGAGCACAUGAUCGACGCCGUGAUGGCAGUGUCUGCGAGCGGACCUGCAUUCGUGUACAUCUUCAUCGAAGCGCUGUCGGACGGGGGCGUGAGGAUGGGGUUGCACCGAGAGAUGGCCACCAAAUUCGCCGCGCAAAUGGUGAUGGGAGCCGCUAAGAUGGUACUAGCUACUGACAAGCACAUGGGUACUCUGAAGGACGAGGUUUGUUCGGCCGCUACGCUAGCAGGGAUACACGCCAUGGACAAGGGGAGAGUUAGAGGUGCUAUAAUGGAUGCUGUGCAAGCGGCGGCUCUUCGAGCAGCGGAACUGAACGAGAGGAGCAAAAAACUAUAG